ACGCCCCCCACUAAUUCUCGCGUCUUUCUCAAUUUCUUAUGCCAAUCACUCCGUCCAUAAUUGAUCUCCAUUUCUUUUCUUUUUUUUUUUUGUUCUUUCUUUUUUGUUUGGUAAAAUAUUUGUAAGGAAGAUCUACUUGCUCCACUUGACAGACAAGUCUCUCCAUUUUCUAGCUUCUAUUCUCUCUCCGUCUCCUUUUCUCUGCUCUCCGUUGCUGAACCAGAAGCAGAGAGCAUAUCACGAUGGGGUCGGUCUCACUUAAGAUUGGGGAUGGAACUGCCAGAUUCAGUAGGGCAACAAUCUGCUCAUCGGCCUUGAACAUUUUAAUGCUCUUCUCCGUCGUCAUCACAAAUCUCUUUGCCCUCUACGCCUUCACUUCCUCCCCAAAUCCAAAGCCCCACCUACUUCACCCUGUCCACAAGAACAUCUCACUAAUCUCGGAGCAAGUCUCUUUGAUCCUCAAGGAGAUCGAUUCUUCUCAAAGAAAGCUUGCCCAGAUGGAGAAAGAGCUCUUGGGUUACGAAACUGUCGAUCUUUCAAGACCCAACAUUGCCACCGAGCUCAAAUUGUUUCUACAGAACCAUCAGCUUCCUCUGGGUAAAGAUUCUCGGACUGGGAUCACUGAAAUGGUGGCCUCUGUGGGUCAUUCUUGCGAGAAAUCUGCUGAUUUAUUAUCCCAGUACAUGAGCUACAAGGUCUUCGGCCCUUGUCCUGAUGAUUGGAGCCUCUCCCAGAAGCUAAUACUUCGCGGAUGCGAGCCUUUGCCUCGAAGAAGGUGCUUUGCUAAAACCCUUCGUAAGGUGGGUCUCUCUCCUUUUCCUCUUUCUCUUUGGAAACCUGUUAGCGAUAAGAUUGUUACUUGGAGUGGUCUGGGAUGCAAGAGUUUCGAAUGUUUGAAAAAUAAGAAAUUGAAUGGGGACUGUGUUGGUUGCUUUGAUUUGGUUGAUGGGUAUGAAAACCAGAGAUUUGUUAAAGCCAAAGGGAAGAAUGAUUUUCUAAUAGACGAUGUGUUAUCUUUGGGUGGUGGCAAAAUUAGAAUUGGGUUUGAUAUUGGAGGUGGGUCUGGGACUUUUGCAGCUAGAAUGGCCGAAAAGACUGUCACUGUAAUUACCAACACCUUAAAUGUGGACGCACCAUUUAGUGAAUUCAUAGCUGCAAGAGGCCUUUUCCCUUUGUUUUUUAGUCUAGAUCAUAGAUUCCCUUUCUAUGAUAAUGUAUUUGAUCUUGUACACGCAUCAAGUGGAUUGGAUGUCGGGGGCAAGCCAGAAAAGUUGGAGUUCUUGAUGUUUGAUGUCGACCGGAUUCUAAGAGCUGGUGGCUUGCUUUGGUUGGAUAAUUUCUACUGUGCUAAUGAUGAGAAGAAGAGAGUUUUGACUCGUUUGCUUGAGAAGUUUGGUUACAGGAAGCUGAAAUGGGUUGUUGGUGAAAAGGCAGAUGCUGCUGGAUCAGCCAAAUCUCAAGUUUAUCUGUCUGCUGUUUUGCAGAAGCCAGUGAGAGUGUGAGGAUGAGGAGGCCAAGUUUUGAUAAAUACUGCAGGAGGUAAGAAAACUUCUAGUUUCUAGUUGGCCUCAAAACAUCCCCAUCAUAUUUAUUUCAAUAUGGAAUAAGUUCAUUAAAUUGUUUAUGCUACCUGCUGCAAACUGGCAGUGGAAUAUAUAAUCCAUCUAUGUGAUUUGAGGGCUUUUCUUUUUUGUUUUAUAAUGCUGUAUUCUAGGCUAGAGAAUUUCUACUUAUUCAAACAAUCAACUGUUAGGAAAGAAAAAUUCCAGAGUUCAUUUUUGAAA